CGGAUGGGAGACCUCGCCGACCUUCAAGAAUCGAUAAAAUACUGCGAAGAGGCGCUAGCUUCUACCCCUCAAAACCACCCCGAUCGAGCGGACAGAUACGGAAACCUGGGGGAAAUGUUCCUCACUAGGUUUGAGCGGAUCGGUGACCUUGGUGACCUCCAAAAAGCGAUUGAGCACUCCGAAGCAGCACUAGAUGCUACCCCUCAAGAUCACUCCAACCGAGCACAAAAACAAGAUAACCUUGCAGCAACACUCUCGGUAAGGUAUUGCCGUAUGGGAGGCCUUGAUGACCUACAAAAAGCCAUUGAGAAUAGCGAAGAGGCGCUAGCUGCUACCCCACUGGAUCACCGCUCUAGAGUCUCCAGGCAGCAUAAUCUGGGGUGCUGCUUCGGUCGUAGGUUUACGCGGAAAGGAGAUCUUAAUGACCUCCAAGAAGCCAUUAAGCACGGCGAGGAGGCACUCGCUGCUAGUGCUCCUGGAGACCCGUCACGCCCUGCUACUCUUAGCGUUUUGGGAAGCUGGCUCAGCGACAGGUUUAAGCGCUUAGGAAACCUUGGAGAUCUCGAACAGGGAAUUAAGCACAGUAAAGAAGCAUUAGAUGCUACCCCACAAGAUCACCCCGAUCGACCGUGCAGGUGGUAUGGUUUGGGACUUUUAUUAUCUCAUAGGUUUGAGCGGAUAGGAGACAUCCUCGACCUCCAAAAAGGCAUAAAGCACAGCGAAGAGGCACUAGCGGCCAUCCCUCAUGAUCACCCCCUCAGAGCAGCCAUGCACCAUCUCCUAGCAAGUAAUCUAGCUACGAGGUUUCGACGGAUAGGAGACCUUGAUGAUCUCCACAAAGCGAUUAAGAAUAGCGAAGAUGGGCUAGCUUCUACCCCUCAAGAUCACCCUAUCCGUGUAUCAAUGCAGAAUAAUCUGGGAACCAGUUUCUUGACGAGGUUCCAACGGAUAGGGGACUUUAGUGACCUCGGGGAGGCUGUUAAACACGGGGAAGGGGCCCUAGCUGCUACCCCCGAAGAUCACCCUCUCCGAGGUACCAUACAGAGCAACCUGGUAAUCAGUUUCAAUAGGAGGUUUCAGCGGACAAGAGACCCUCAAGACCUAGGAAAAGCUAUUAACUACGGAGUACAGGCGCUGGCUACCACCCCCCAGGAUCCUCCCCUCCGAGCUCAAAUACAAAACUCCCUCGGAAGCUGUUUCUCUAUGAGGUUUCAUCUGACAGGAGAUCCUAAUGACCUCCAAUUCGCAAUCAGGAACAGUGAGGACUCACUGGGUGCUACCCCUCAGGAUCACCCCUACCGAGCUGUCAUGCACAAUAACCUGGGACAAAAUUACUUGGACAGGUUUGAAUCGACGGGGGACCUCAGGGACCUCGAAAAAGGCAUCAAGCACGGAGAAAACGCGCUAGAGGCUUCUCCAGGAGAUGAUCCCUCUCGAGCAACCGUGUGUGCCGCCCUAGGCGGACUUUUUGAAUCGAGGUUCUCGAUAGUAUCUACCCCCGAAGACUUCGAUCAAAGCCUUCGACUAUAUCGCGAGGCAUUUGAUUGCCAAACUUCACCGCCUGGGGCUCGAAUUGAAGCGGCUCGCAGAGCAGCAUCAUUGCUAUCUUCAAACGGAAACUUUGAUGAAUCAAGUUCCUUGCUAGAGAAGGCCGUUAGUUUGAUGUCUAGUGUGAAUCUACGGUUACUAAGGCGAGAUGACCAACAACACAUCCUGUCGCAGCUUUCUGGGGUAGCCUCAACCGCUGCUUCUGUCGCUCUUCUGGCCAGGAGAGACGCGUAUGACAGUCUCAAGUUGCUAGAGCUCGGUCGUGGAAUAAUUAUAGGCUUCGCAAUCGAUUCAAGGUCCGAAGUUUCAGAUCUUAGGACAGAUCACCCUCUUGAAUUUAGCCAAUUUGACAGCCUUCGACUUGAGAUUGACUCGCCCAUAGAGGAAACGAACUACGCAAGUGAUGAAACACCUGAUCGGUACCGAAAUCGUGUUAUGCAGAGACGUUGGGAGGCCGUCAAUGAGAUGGAAGAAAGUUUAGCACGGAUUCGCAUGUUACCCGGGUAUGAUGGAUUCCUGCUCUCCCCCACUCGGGAGGAUCUGAUGAAAUCGGCAAUAAAUGGCGCUAUCAUUAUCUUCAACUGCACUGGGUACAGGAGCGACGCCAUAAUUGUCACCACCUCAGCUAUAACUUCAUUAGAACUCCCGAAAUUGAAUUAUGAGGAAACAGCCGACUGGAUGAGGCAAUUGGCUAAUUUCGGAGGAGGAGGCUGGAUUAAGAGAGGCAAGGAUAAUAGAAAAAUAAAAGACCUCCUCAUCUGGCUAUGGGACUCCGCAGUAGGGCCUGUUUUUGACAAGCUUGAACACGAUGGGACGAUUGUCAGUGAUGGUGUUCAGGGGUCCAAUUUGAAGCGGGUUUGGUGGAUUGGAGUAGGGAAAUUAAGCAUGGCGCCUUUCCAUGCGGCUGGGGAUCAUUCGCCGGGAUCAACACGCAACACUUUAAGCCGCGCCAUUUCGUCUUACAUCCCGACAAUCAAAGCCCUCACCUAUGCACGUCAGAAAAAACUAGAGCUAUUCCACAAAUAUGGCGCUUCCGUUACAAUGGAACACUCGAAGACAGCCAAAAUUCUCAAACAACGGAAUGCCCGCUUGCUUCUCAUCCCGAUGGCGGAAACGCCAGGUGCGACAAGUCUACCCGGUGUUGAUGCAGAAGUUCAACAUAUCCUUGAUUCUACUACUAAAACUCCGGUCGAGACUACGGUAUUGAAGAACCCCAACCCUGCCGAAGUCCUCAAGCAAUUUCAGCACCACGACAUUGUCCAUUUUUCCUGCCACGGAGUGUCUAGCAUCAACCCCUCAGACAGCCACUUGCUCCUGUUCGACCCGGAUGGGGAGGGUGCUAGUAAACUGCUGGCUCGUGAUAUAUCGGGUUUGGUUGCACAAAAUGCACAGCUUGCAUACCUUUCAGCCUGCUCCUCAGCCAAGAACUCCUCGGUUAUCUUAGCCGACGAAGUCAUACACCUAGCCAGUGCAUUUCAGUUAGCCGGGUUUAGCCAUACGCUCGCGAACCUGUGGGAAACAGAUGACCAUGCAUCCAGCGAAGUCGCGAGGGACUUCUACCACUUGCUUUUUCAAAAUCAAGAGAACGGCGAUGGGCACAAUCUAGUCUCCGCCGCUUUUCACAAAGCUGUGAAAAAAUGCCGGGACAGGAAGCCGGGCGAUUUUCUUACCUGGGCCCCUUUCGUGCACACUGGAGCG